AUGGUUUGGUUAUUUGGGAUUUUAGCAUCAAUUUUACAGGUUUUACUUUGCAUUUAUUUAUUUAAAGAGAGAUUCUAUUAUAUUAAAAAGAACUUUUUAGAGAUUUAUUAUGAAAAAUCAUUAAACAAAUUUAUAAAAAUCAUAUCAUUCAUUUCAGCUUUAUCAAUUAGUUUUUCACUCAUCAUAAUUUGGAUUGAUUUUAAUGUUGAUAUUUGCUGUGAAUCCAAUGAAUGCACACAACUUUCAAUUUCAGAUAAAUUUAUUGAUUAUUCUUUUUUCUUUACUACAAGUGAAGCUACUACUUCACCAUCCUCUGGAUUUAAAUUAACAAUUCUCUCAAAUAUAAUCUCAUUUAUAUUAUUAUUUUAUAUUAUUUUCUUUAUUGAUUCUCAAAUUAAAAAUAAUGAAAAUCAAAAAUUUGAAGGCAAAAUAAAAAGAAAAAGUAAUCAUAAAUCAAAUAAAAAGAAAAAAAAAACGACAACAACAAUUUCUAUAUCCAAUAAUUCUAGUGAUACUGAUAACCAAAUUAUUAAUAAUAACAAUAAUUAUAAUAAUCAUAAUAAUAAUAAUAAUAAUAAUAAUAAUAAUAAUAAUAAUAAUAAUAAUAAUAAUAAUAAUAAUAAUAAUAAUAAUAAUAAUAAUAAUAAUAAUAAUAAUAGUAAUAAUAUCAAUAUUAAUAAAAAUAUAAAUAAUAAUAAAUAUCAAUCCAUUAUUAAUAUGGAACAAAAUGAUAGUGAGGACGAAGAAGAAGAAGAUGAAGAAGAUGAAGAAGAUGAAGAAACUCACUUGAUUGUAAAAAAAAAUGAUGAAGACGAAGAUGGAGGUGGUGGUGAAAAUGAAGGAGGUAGUGAAAGCCAAUGGGAAACCGGAAAUGAUAAAAAUGAUAAUAAUAAUAAUAAUAAUAAUAAUGGUAAUGAAUAUUCUGGAAAUGAAUACUCUGAUAAUGGUAGUAAUUAUGGAAUACAAAUGAAUACUUUCAACAACAACUUUAAUAAUAAUAUUAUCAAUAAUAAAAAUAAAAAUAAUAAUAAUAAUAACAAUAAUAAUAAUAGUAAUAAUAAUAACAAUAAUAACAAUAAUAAUAAUAAUAAUAAUAAUUAUAAUAAUGAUAUUAAUAACAAUUUUAAUAAUGAGAAUAAUAUAAAUAGUAAUAUAAAUAGUAAUAAUAAUAUAAAUAAUAAUAAUAUAAAUAAUAAUAAUAAUAAUAAUAAUAAUAAUAAUAAUAAUAAUAAUAAUAAUAAUAAUAAUAAUAAUAAUAAUAAUAAUAAUAAUAAUAAUAAUAAUAAUAAUAAUAAUAAUAAUAAUAAUAAUAAUAAUAUAAAUAUAAAUAUAAAUAAUAACAAUAAUAAUAAUAAUAAUAUUAAUAAUAAUAAUAAUAUAAAAAAUAAUAUAAAUAAUAAUAAUGUGGAUAUUAUUAAUAAUACUAUUAUUAAUAAAAAUAAUAAUAAUAUUAUUUUAGAUAAUUUAAACAACAAAAAUCAUAAUAAUAAAUUCACCAAAACAAAUCCUUUUAGUGUAAAUAGAAAUUCAAAUAAUCAAAAAGUUGACAAAUAUAAAGAGGCUCAAUUUGAAAUUUUAAACAAUUUAUUAAAUGGAGGUUGUUCUGUUGAAGGUGAAAUUUUCAUUGUUUUGUCGACCGCUGUAAUUUCUUUAAUUUUAGUAUCAUUUUUUUGUCCAUGGGAAAUUAUUAAAAUUAGAUCAUUCAAUUCGGAUAAAUAUCAUAUUAGAUUCCUUUUUGAUUCAUUGGAAAAUCUUGGUUUAAGUUAUGGUCCAGGUGUAUCAUCGAUAACAGUUUGGAUAUUUGGAAUUUUAGCAUCACUUUCACAAGCAAUAAUUAUAAUUUUUUUAUUUAAGGAAAGAAUUAAUUUUAUUAAAAAUUUAUUCAUUUGCGUUUCAAUCUUCCUAGUUUGGAUAGAUUUUAAAGUUAAUGCUUGUUUUGGUGAAAGUUGCCGCCCAAUUUCAAUCUCAGAUAAAUAUUCAUCAAGAAUGGUUAUUUUUUUGGUUUAUAUUAAUACCUCUCCGUCUAUUGGAUUUCAAUUAACAAUUAUUUCAAUGUUUAUUUCAUUUUUAUCAACUUUAUUCACUGUUUUUUUCAUUGACUCUCAAAUUGAAAACAAUGAUGAAAAAUUUUUAAUUUUUAAAAAGAAACCACUUAGAAAUGAAAAAACUUCAAUAGUUUCUUUGUCUGAUAAUAGUAGUGGUAGUAAUAGUAGUAAUAGUAGCAGAAGUACUAGUGACGUUGAUAGUUUUAAUGGAAAUAAAAAUAUUAAAUACCAAGCCAUUAAUAUGGAACAAAAUGAAGACGAUGAAGAAGAAGAAGAAGAAGAUAUAGAUGAAGAAACUCGCUUACUCGCAAAUAAAAAUAAUCAUGAUGAUAAUAGCCAAGGUGGUGGUGAAAAUGAGGGAAGUGGUGAUAAUGGUUGGGGAGAUGAAAAUGAUAAUAAUGGUGGAGAUGAUGGCGGUGAUGAUGGCGGUGAUGAUAAAAAUUAUGAAAAUGAAUCCACUGGUCAUACCAAUAAUAGUUAUGGAAUAGAAAUGAAUACUUUUAAUAAUGGAAUUAAUUUAAAUGAUAAUAAUAAUAAUAAUAAUAUAAAUAAUACUAAUAUUGAUAAUAGUAAUAUAAAUAAUAAUAAUAAUAUUGAUAAUAAUAAUAAAAAUAAUAUAAAUAAUAAUAAUACUGAUAAUAAUAAUAAUAAAAAUAAUAAAAAUAAUAAAAAUAAUAAAAAUAAUAUAAAUAAUAAAAAUAAUAUAAACUAUAUAAACAAUAAUAACGCAAUUGAUAAUUUAAAUGAUAUAAUUUAUUAUAAUAAAUUCACCAAAACAAAUCCUUUUAAUGCAAAUAGAAAUCCAAAUAAUCAAAAAAUUGACAAAUAUAAAGAGGCUCAAUUUGAAAUUUUAAACAAUUUAUUAAACAGAGGUUGUUCUGUUGAAGGUGAAAUUUUGUAA